GUUCUGCACUAAAACCGCUCUCAAAUUCGUUCAAUUCCCACUCGACUCGAUUAACUGACUGCAUAAAUUCGCUCGCAUAAAUAAAUUUCUUAAAUUCCUUCCCUCUCUCUCAUCUAAUAUUAUACGUUUUUUUAGCACUUGCAAUUCGUGACAACAACAGGAACGUUUGUGCCAAAGCAUUGUGACGAAACGUUCAACUCAUCAACUCGAAUAAACAAACAGCACAUUGCUCAUUAUUUUAUUAGCAAGUAUAAAAAUUAAACGUAGUAAAGUGCCAGGUGCAGUAUAAUUUUUGUGAUUUGUAUAGUGCACUUGUGCGAACUGAACUAAUUCAAAAUUUGUCUAGUGAUUUUUACGAUGAAGUAAUAACAACUGAAAACGAGGACAUAAAAUGUUUGGUGGUGGAAAUUUUGGGAGUAACACUCCCACCUUUGGGGGUGGGGCAUUUCCAAACACUACGACCAACACGAGUGUUUUUGGUCAGCCUCAACAACAGCCGCAAGUGUCCACGUCCUUAUUUGGAGGUGGAGGCUUCAAUCAGCCUAAAGCUACUUUUGGAAGUACUUUUGGAUCUCCACAGUCGUCAACAAUGUUUGGACAACAAAAUCGUCUCACAGCUCCCACCACGGGGGGUUUGUUUAGUGGUCAGACUGCCACUGUGAGCCCUUUCUCUGCAACAGGCCAGACAAUGGGACAAACACAAGUUCCUGCCGGGACAUCUUUCCCAUUCACUCCUAUCAGUGGUAGUGACACCAUGAUGAAAAAUGGUCAGGCCUCGCCAAUUAGUACUAGACAUCAGUGCAUUACGUGCAUGAAGGAGUAUGAGAACAAAAGUUUGGAAGAGCUGCGGCUGGAGGAUUACCAACUAAAUAGGAAAGGACCACAACAAGGCGUCAUGUUUGGUUCAACCCAGCCUCAACAGCAACAAUCCACUGGACUGUUCUCAAGCUUCGGUUCUAGUGCUACGACAACGCCCUUUGGUCAGACAAGCACGUUUGGUGCUGCGGCAACCAGUACUCCUAGUAGUGGCUGGAUGUUCAACUCCCUCAAUCAGCCAAAACCCCAAACAGGGAGCUUCUUUUCCCAGCCAACUGCACCAGUAACGUCAACUACCUUUGGGGCAAGUCCUGCAUUUUCAUUUACCAACCAAACCAGUCAACCAGCGUCAGUUUUUGGUGCCAACAAUACUACAGUCUCCACUGGGGGCUUGGGUCAGACGUCAACAUUCACUUUUGGACAACCCCAAGCACAGACGCAGUCUACAGGGAUAUUCGGUCAGAAGCCAAUGACAAGUGCGCCAAGUACAGCAUUUGGAGGGGGCUUUGGAGCCAGUGCUUUCACAAAUACUUCAACUGCAAAUAAGCCGACUUUAGGUUUCUCAGGGUUUGGAACUAGUACAGCACCAACGUUUGGAACGACAACUACCAAUUUUGGCACAGGAACGUCCAGUGGUGGAAUGUUUGGUUUUCAAAAUCAAACUCAAAAUAAACCAUUCUCUUUUUCCACGCCAUUUGCUACCCAGAGUCAAGCACAACCUACGCAGCCCACUUUCGGAGCUCCAAGUACCGGUUUCUCGUUCAAUACUGCUGCCACAACCGCUCCAACAAUGGGAUUUGGAACGUCCGCAAGUACAUUUGGAGGAUUGGGGAACACGAUGAAUUCAUUUUCUACCCCAACCUUUGGAUCUACACAACCAAGCCUCGGGUUUGGUUUCGGCCAGAAUACGACAACCACUCCUGGUUUUUCUUCUUUCACACCGGCCACCAUGUUCUCGCCAGCAGUGCAACAACAACAAAAUACCCCGCAGCCUGGAGCGUAUGGAUUCGCUACGACUCCAUACAAGGAUUCUCCACUGUUUUACAAUCUUAUCGCCAACAGGGAUUUUGACAAUAUGGUGAAACCAACAAGUGCAGCAGCCCAACGAGCAAUUAAAGAAGCAUCCCGACGACGGACUUCGACUAGUCUCUCAUUCUCAUUUCCGGCGCAGGUUUCAAAGAAUGUAACCUAUCCAUCUCCCCAGUCAUUCAGCAAGCACGCAAUAUUCGACGGCUUUGAAGAUGAAGAAGACAAAGGGUUCAGCAUUGAUAUCUUAUCUCCUAAAACGAUGGUGAAGAAGUUGACACUGAAGUCUUUAAAAAAUUCCUUGACUCCAAACCAUCGACAGAGCAUUUCAUUCUCUACAAGCCCACACUUGGGAGAAAAUGGAUUCGUCAAUGACUCUGCUGACGCAUCUCUCUUAGACUUAAACACAAGUCGAGGAGGAUCAGACACUCAGAGCGCAGCAUCGGAAAACGAUAGCCCAACCAAGUACCGCGACGAAGAUUACGUGGAGUUGUCCGGCGAACGAGCCGGAGUACCUGUUCAACUAAUUCAGAAGCGACGCAGUGGCACCGAAUCCCUAUUAGUGGGAAUGGGUGGUGGUGAUAAUAAUGCUUAUGAGGAACAUAAAUGUCGCGUUGUAAACACGCGUGCCGGAUACUAUAUUGAACCCCCAAUUGAAACCCUUGAGAAAUGUGUAGAUGAUCAGGGGAAUUGCUUUGUGAAGGGACUUGUCAUUGGAAGAUUGGGCCAUGGAGAAAUUCGUUAUAUCGACGUUGUCAAUGUGGCUGGUGUCAAUAUUGAUGAAAUUGUACACUUUCGUCACAAAGAAGUCGUAGUUUAUCCUGAUGAUUCAAAUAAGCCACCAGUUGGAUCAGGAUUAAACUGCCCUGCGUUUGUAUGUUUGGAUAGGGUUUGGCCAAUUGACAAGGCUACCAAGGAUCCAAUCAAAUAUCCUCUACAGUUACAAAACAUGGGAUAUGAAAAUUCCCUGCGACGAUCUUGUAGUCGCCUUGGAGCAGAAUUUAUCUCGUAUGUUCCAGAGACUGGCGUAUGGACAUUUAAGGUGCCACACUUUUCUAAAUAUUCCUGUGAUGUUGAAGAGGCUGAAACAGAUACUACUGAUGUACAAUCAUCACAACCUCCAAUUAAAGGACUUGGUGGUGUUCUGAUGCAAAUUAAUCAAUACGUCCCAACAUCAAAGACUUUGUCCUCCCAUCAGCAAAGUAGUCCUAGGUUCGAAUCACUUUUGAACGAAGGAAAGCAAUUGCAACAGCAACAACAAACGAAGCUUCAGCAAAUGGAUAUAGAAGAUGACUGUUUGCCUUUGAUUCGAAACCAAGUCGCACGCCAAUCAACACCCGUGAUUCCAAUGGCUACGGAUGAUUUUGGUUAUUCUAUCAGCAAUGUGGAACACAAUCCUCUGACACCGACCGAUUCAAACGAUAGCGAAAGUGAUUGGGUGCCGGAUGAUCUCUUUAGUGGAAAAGGUCAAUAUGAAUCUGUACUACAAGGAACUUCGGAAACGUCUGCUGUGCGUAUGAUGAAAUCCGCCCUAAUGUUUACGGAACUUGCUCAUGAUAAGGAUACCGAAAUUCAGCCACCAACCAAAAAGUUUCGAUCGCCUUUGCUCAGAUCAAAGUCUAUGGCUGGCCAAACUAUUGCAAUUAACAUUAGUGAUGCCGAUAGAAGAAAAUCACUUCUUGAACUCAAGCAGCGCAGACCUGGUCCACCAAUUAAAACUCUGGUGACCCUUAAAGAACAGGACGAGGUAGUCAGUCCUUUCGGGACUGACCAUGUAACGUCUAUUACGCGGCGUCAUGAAGUUUCUAAACGUUUCCCUGAAAAUAUUCUAUUUUCUAAACUAUCUUUACAUACGACAAAUGGAAACCGUUAUAUCGCAACACCAAGAGUCACUUUUGGCCCAUUGGGAACAUUUAUGACAGUAACCAAUUCAAGUAAAAUGGGUUCAUGGGUUAAUGUCAAGAAAAUCAAGUCGUACAUGGACCUUAGUAUGGACGCCACGACAAUUCAGUUGUUGGAAAAACAGCUCUCGAAACAGAUGGCACGUGCUGAACCUCAACCUGAAGAUCAAAUUCAUGUACUGCAAAGCUUUUGUCUUCAAAAUGAACUUCAUCCCACGGCAAAGGAUGCACAGCGAGAAGUAAUGAUGUGGGAACUAUUCCAAAUGUUGUGGCCAAGGAGCGAGGAGGAAGGUCUCCCACCCGUUCUCGAAACCCGGGAUAAUGUGUCCAAGUGGCUCUCCAAAUACUGUGAGGACCUUUUCUCACAAACCCUUGGAAAAAAUGCUCAAAUAUCAGUACUUGGACUUUUGAAAAUGGGACGUCGCGAGGAGGCAUGUAUGCUGGCUGUUAAAAAUCGAAAUCCGUAUUUGGCUUUGUUGAUGAGCCAAGCCGCUCUAGUAAAGGCUUCAGCCUCAAAUUGCAAAGAACAACUGGACGUGUGGCAGGAUGAAGGCGCUUUGGAUUUAUUAUCCAAGAAUACCGUCAACAUUUACCGUUUAUGUGCUGGGGACAUUUUAUUGGAUUCCAUUGACAUUUCGAAAAUGACCACGUCAGAAUGGUUGCAGCAUUUCGCUAUCUAUCUCUGGUACUGCUGCCCCCCUCAAGUGUCAAUUAAGGAAGCCUUGGCAUCAUUCCAACAGCUUUUGAAGUAUGAACUCGUCCAACGAACUGGUUGGAUUGAAGAAGAAAUAAGUCGUGUUGCAUUUCCGUCCGUGUGUGACUCGUCGCUUCCAAAUUUAUGUGUUCAAUUGUUAAAACUCUACUGUUUUGAGGGAUACCCGCUACGAAGUAUCUUGGACCCUGACACAUACUCGGAGGAUUGUUUAGAUUAUAAGCUUGCAUGGUUGCUUAUGGUUCAUCUUCGUCCCAGAAAUUUCCAGAUUUAUGAGGACCAUUUUUCAAGCAUUGCGACCUCAUUUUCAUAUCAAUUGGAACAAGUUGGAUUGUAUCCUUGGGCCGUUUUUGUGACCAGCAGAACUCAGGAUCGUGCACUUUACCACAACACUUUGGUGGAGCGUAAUCUUGGUACUUGGGGAACAGUGGAACAUGAACGGUUUCUUUUGGAAAACUCUCUCCUUCGUCAACCACAAUUUCUCUUCAAUUCCAGAGUCACGAGAGAAUCAAAGGAGGACAAUAGAGAAUAUGGCGGAAUCUGGUAUUUGUUGAAGUCCGGAAAUGUUCAAAAGUCAUUUGACGAACUUGAAAAGUUUUUUAAUGUAGAGAUCAUGAAAUCUUCAGAUAUUGUGGAUUCAUUACUAGAAUUAAUAAAACUGAUGAAACCUUUCUCUAAUGAAAUUCGAAACUGGAACACCCGUGGAUGGUUUAUGUUGGGUACACUGGAGUUGUUGCAAAUAAGAAAAUCCUACGAAAACCGAGGAAGAGCCAAAUUUCUACCCAAUUUGACGGAUGCUGAGUUUUACAAACUUAUAUCCUUAUUUCUAAAGAGCUUUGCUCAAUACAAGCCCAUGAACGCUCAAGAACGGGCUGUAAGCAUCGAGUUGGCUGUUCUCGUCCAGAAAAUUGUUGCUGAACUGAUCAUCAAUAACCCUGAACUGAAAGAGAAAAUCGGAGUUGGGAAUGUGUCUGGAUUAAUUCACCUUUCAGUCCCACAAGACUACAAAAAUGAGCUUCGCUAUUUCGUGAAUGCUUUAAUGUAGUAAUCAGCCAUCAUUCUUUCCCUUGAAAUCAGUACUAUCUAUAAUUUAUUUUGUUAAAAACCAGCCCGCUCACCUUACUUUUUUUAACAGCUAAAUCUAUCAGUACUACUUUAACUAUUUAUAUAGCCUUCAAUAAACUUGACGUAUCCACAGUAUAAAGUACGUUUUAUAAAUAUAAUUGUAAGCCCGGCAUACCCGUAGAUAGUACAUAAAUGGAUAACAAUGUAGCUGUUAACUUAUAAUAACAAUGAAUGACAAGUGUGAAGAGUUGUGAUGUAUUCAUUAAGAAGGAAUGCUUAUCUUUUGAAUACCAUAAAUAAGUAAGUUAUACCUAAUAUGUAUAUAAGUAUAACACGUUGACUGAUAUAUUUUUCCUAUGAUUGAAUGAACUGGAAAUUGUCAUUGUAUUUAAUUAUACAUGUAUUACAGUACUUAAAAACUAUUAUAAAUUGUACUACUGUAAACUUGGCAGACAUUUUGUGACAUGCAUAGCCUGUGUGAUUAACGAUUUUUGAGAAAUAUGGGAAAUAAAUCAUAGAAGUUUACGUAUCAACAA